GAACAUCAAACUAUCUCUAGCGCCUACUGCAGCAGCAACUAUUUGCAGGGAAACCAAUUCAACUAAAUCUUAAAUCCGUCAAUAUGAAGACAAUCGUGCUUUUCGCUGCUUUCCUUUGCGUUUUCUGCCUGUUCCAAGGCAUCAAUGCAGCUCCCGCUGAUGCAGCUGCUCUGGAGGCCGAUGACGCACAAUUGGCAGUGCUAAAGGAAGAGCUUGCAGUGCAGUCGAUUCGUCAAAAACGCGCCACUUGUGAUCUGUUGAGCGGAACCGGUGUUAAUCACAGCGCUUGUGCGGCCCACUGCAUACUCCGUGGCAACCGUGGCGGUUAUUGUAAUGGUAGCGCUGUCUGCGUCUGCCGCAACUGAGUGGAUUCACAACAGAAGCAAACGGAUAUUGUUAAAAAAUUUAACUAAUAUUUUAUUUUUUAAAAAUGUAUUUUCCCGAUUCAUUAAAAUUUCGUCAAGA